GACUGAGCGUCUCGUCUCAGCGGACAGAGCAGUCUCUGGUCUCUGCAGUUACCUUCAGCCCGGCCAACAUGCCUUACUGACUCAUGUUCCUUUUCUCUUCUCGCGAUGCUCGCUGGCUCGGUAGCGACCAGCAUGUAGUCAGCUCGGCUUUCCUACCUUGCCUCGCAUGGUCUAACACUUGGGCCUAACACUACUUCACACUACUUACAGGACUUAGCCGCUUCCUCGGACUCACCCCACAAGUGAUGUGAUACACCAUAACUUAUCAUCGAAAUCAAAACAAAAACAGUGGCUGUUAGUGUGAACCAUAAAAAUUUAUUAUAGGUAGUGAUAGUGUGUUGUGAACUCUGCGUUUUUCCUGCUCUGCUCUGAUAGUUGCCUACACGGGACUUGUACGGCGCAACUGUCUAAACACAGGACAUACUCCGCCGACCAAACAUGGUUCCAAGUGCAAGUGACUCUUAUACUUAAGCAACAAAUAAGCUAUAAACGAAACUGACUGGCGGAUGUCUUCUUCUUCUAGGCUAUAGACACAUCGAUAUUCACAACAACAAAACAAUACGCUGAGCUACAUGAAUGAACUUGAAGAAUUGGGAACACAUUGAGAAUCUCUUACGAUGCUUUAACGUUUUGAUUGGACAAAAACUCCCAAAGCAGUUUUAAAUUAAGAUAAAAACGGACUUUAACUGGAGGAAAAGAGAAUUCACGAUUCCGGGAAUAGGGAAUAGGGUCGCAGCAUGGCCGAGUAGAGGGGGUCAGGCUACGUCAGGCCCCUACCACGAGCCAAGGGGACGGAGCCCUCGGCCAAUCACAGGCGGUUUCUCUUAUGAUGUCAUCAGAAGAGGAAGCCGACUGUUUCGGAUUGUACAGCGACAAGCUAUUGAAGAAAGCAAAGCGGUCCAGACAACGCGUGGACGCGGGUGAGCCGCGCAACAGCUACUCCUCUAUUCCUAACUUCAGUUCGCGUCCGACCUUCCUCGCCGCCGGAUCGCUCUACAGUGCAUUGUUCGGCCACCAGCUGCACCAGCAGUACGCAGCCGCUGCAGCCGCCGCCACUGCAGCCAACCCUGCUGCUGUUAACACCAUGCUUAACGAAUUGUUCGGUCGACAGGUGAAGCGAGCAGACGCCGCCUCCACGCCAGCCGACGCCAUGAUGGCCGUCGACUCAGCCUCGGCCACCGCCACCGCCAACUCGGACGCCGGGCCGCCCGGUGCCACCGUCAACUUCGACUGCCUGAAUGCGGCCGCCGCAGCUGCAGCCGCCGCUGUGCUGCGACGUGGAGGCCUCGACCCUGAGGACGGGGGCAGUCCGCCUCCCGGUGACGUCGCCCACGCCCACAACAUGCUCAGAGAUAUCCUGCAGGGCCGCAAAGAGCUGUUUGCCCUGGAGCAGGGUGUCAAGGCAGUAAGUGUCGGAGGCAACGGCCCCACCUCCCCCGACAUCAGCAACAAUAACAACAACAACAAUGACGAAUUAAAGACUUCUGAUACGGGCAACGACUCGAUAAACGACAACGUAGAUGCGGGUGCGGCCAGCGACUCGGAUGUUGCCGACGGCCCGGUUGGCGCCAGCAUCAACGGAAUAGCUGACGACGACGACGAGCCCGCCUCCGCCCUCGAUGACGACCUCAGUGACGCCGGCAAGCAGCCCGAACUCAUGGACGACGACUCCGACCCCUCGCCCUGUGCUUCUCCCGGCUCUCAGCCGGCCUCACCCUCCGACCUCAACAAGGACGACCUCCUCGACGAGCCCAACUCCGCCAAGGAUUCAUCCAACCGGACCGGUGUUACAAUCGAAUUGAAACGUGCACGAGUUGAAAAUAUUGUGUCAUCUAUGAGAGCUAGUCCUUCUUUGCCUACACAAGUGAAUGGGUGUAAAAAACGUAAACUUUACCACCCCCAACAACAUGAUAACAGUGCAGUGGAACGUUAUGCAGCUGGACUUGGAAUUGCAACCCUCAUGGAUGAGGACGAUGACGACGAUAUCGAACCUCACGAAAUCAGACAGAAGAGGGAAGAAAAGGAUUUACUAAAAAAUCAACUACGAUCCAUGCAAGAGCAGUUAGCUGAAAUGCAACAGAAAUACAUGCAAUUGUGUACUAGGAUGGAUCAAGACAUGUCUGAGUGCCAGGAUACCGAGGAUGUAACAAGUGAUCUCGAACCUGAUGGAAAUAGUUUAUCACUUCCUGAAAAACCUCCUUCAAAUAAUCCUCCUACAACUCCUCCUAAAGAUACCACGCCCGUCGCUUCUUUGACACCAGCUGUCGUACAGCCUGUCAUGUCACCGGCUGUCUCGAAAAUCCUCACAGCUAAAGCUCAUCCUCCACCUCAUCAUAUGCAUCCAUCUCUACCUCUACCUCCCGGUUUCAACGGUGCUCUAUCCUUAUUCCAGCAACAGGUGCUACAAGAGCAGCAUAAUCAAGGGCCUAUCCCUCCACCCUCACAUCACCACCAUCACCCUCACCACCACCCUCAGCUGCCUCACCACGCUCUCAGCAACGCAGCUGCAGCCAUCUACCUGGGUGCCAGUCACAAGCUAUACAUGGAGGAGGCCAGGAUGGCCAAGGAAGCUGCCAUGGCUGCCGAACACCAACAACAUCUCAGUCAACAACAACAUGGUGUCACUCAUCACUUGCAACAGUCACAGCCUCCUCAGCUGCCACAACAUCCUCACCAACAACAGCAACAGCAGGUGUUGUCCAGUCACGCUGCUCAGCAGCCUCCGCCUCCAAGGCCCGAGCACACACCUCCUACUCCUACACAACAACAGCAACAACAACAAGGUACUCAAGUGCAAAUUCCUCCUACCAAUAAUCAAAAUACUCAUCCUCACAGUCAAACUCCAAAUCCAUUGCAUCCUCCUUCGACUCCUACACCAACCAGCCAGCAACCUCCCCAACAGCAGUCUCCUCCCCAAGUUCCUCCCCAUUCCAAGUCAGUGAACGAGUUCUCAGAGCGUCUAUCCCUGUUGAGAAAUAGUGCACUAUCGCAUCCAGUUUCUGGAACCGAUUUAGAAGGACUUGCUGAUGUGUUGAAAACUGAAAUUACAUCUUCACUGAGUGGAUUAAUUGAUUCGAUAAUGGCUCGGUUUCUACAACAGAAGAGAUAUUAUGGAAAACAAUCAGAAGUGGCAGCUGAACAACUCAACAAGGACUUGUUACUUGCUUCACAGUUGUUGGAUAGGAAAUCGCCAAGGGCGAAAGUUGUGGAUAGAGGGAGUAACGGGUCGGCAGAGAGGAUGAACGGACCGACGCCGUUGAACGGAAUGACAUUACCACCCACAGCACCUCCUCGAGUGAACGGUACAAUGUAUGGAUCACUACCAGCCAGUGUAAAUCCUAAUUCGAACAACUGCAAUGGAAAUAAUAAUGUGAAUGUGAAUACUAGUAGUAAUAACACUAAUGCUAGUAAUAAUAAUCCGGAGAACAAUAUAAAUACAAUGAACUUGCAACACGUGAGACCGUCACCGAACUCGGCACUAUUCCAGCCUCCAAAGCCGCCAAUGAGUCAGAUUAACUCAGCUGCAGCAGCUCUGUAUUCGUCGAUGGCUGGGCAUCCGUUCCACAUAGCAGGAGGUGAUAGUCGUGAAGGAGUUCCCGAACAGAACGAGGCGCUCAGCUUGGUGGUAGCGCCGAAAAAGAAGCGACACAAGGUGACUGACACGAGGAUCACGCCGAAGACAGUGUGCAGGAUAUUGGCACAAGAUGGAGUGACAGGACAGCCGCAGGAGGCGGCCACAGCGGCAGCGGGGAAGGUGUGUGGUUUGAACGGAACGGAGAGUCCGCCACCGCCGCCUCCACCACCUAGGGCCUACCAUCCACCGCCCCCACCAAUGCUUCCAGUGUCAUUGCCGACUUCAGUGGCGAUUCCGAAUCCGAGCCUGCAGGAGUCACAGGUGUUCUCUCCAUACUCGCCGUUCUACCCCCAACAGGGGCCUCCGCCGCCUCCACCGCCCCCGCACUCGUCAGCCGGCUCGCCGGUCAUGGAGAUGCGAGACAGCAGUCCUCCACUGCCCCUGUCGCACCCGCUCUCGCACCCGCCAACCAGCAUGCUGCACCCUGCCCUGUUGGCCGCAGCCGCACAGCACGGUGUGCCAUCCCCGGACUACGGCAGUCUGCGGUCCGGGUCGGUGCAUCCGACUGCCGACACCGCUGAUCGCAACUCAGACAACUCGGCCGACCUGCCCUAUGACGGACUUGGACCUACAAUAUCCUUUUUUGGCUAUCCUGAUAUAAAGCACUCAGCGCUAUCUGUAUUCUCGCCUUCAAACUACGAUUACUACGAAAGCUACAUUGCAAGAGACUCCUUGACUCCAUCGUACUCGUCAACUCUGACUCCCAUGCACCUGAGGAAGGCCAAGCUGAUGUUCUUCUGGGUUCGCUACCCCAGUUCGGCCGUUCUCAAGAUGUACUUCCCCGACAUCAAGUUCAACAAGAACAACACCGCUCAGCUCGUCAAGUGGUUUUCCAACUUCAGGGAAUUCUACUACAUUCAGAUGGAAAAGUACGCCAGACAGGCUGUUAGCGAGGGCGUGAAGAGCGCCGAUGAUCUACACGUUAGCGGCGACUGUGAGAUAUAUAGAGUGCUCAAUUUGCACUACAACAGGAACAACCACAUUGAGGUAUGCGGCCCACAGGUGCCACAAAACUUCAGGUACGUCGUGGAGCAAACACUGCGCGAAUUCUUCAAAGCGAUCCAGUCUGGAAAGGACACCGAACAAUCGUGGAAGAAGUCAAUCUACAAAAUAAUCUCGAGGCUCGACGACCCUGUUCCCGAAUACUUCAAGUCACCCAACUUCCUCGAGCAACUCGAGUAAGAGAGAAAGCUAAGUAGUUCUUAGCUAAGAUACGCUCAGACUGUUUGUUCCUGUUUCUGUUCCUGUUGUGAUGGUGAGCUAAUCUGUAAACUGUUUUGUGUGACCGGUGACCGGACUUGUACUAUUGUUUAGUGACAGCUGCAGCUACUGCGCAACUCACCGGCCACAGUCAUGCGGUACCCGGCAUUCUGAGCGUGAGAGAGUCAAUGUUACUAUGUUGUGUGAAUGAUUUAUGAAUGUGAGUGUGUGUAUUAUGCGUAGGUCGCCUACCGCACCCGCACUACCGGACUGUGUCAAGUGAACACUACCCGUUCAUGUACAGAUUAUUAUUAUUACUAUUAUUGUCAAGAUACUAUUACACUUACAGUAUUGUUUUUGUUCGAUUUGCGGCGAGAGAUAACACGGCAUUGAGAUUUGGAAUCUAGUUUAGAUGUCUAUCAAAUAGACUUUUACCUAAGGUUGUAAAAAAUUAUAAAUAACUUUUUCCUAUUAAAUUAUUUAUCAGAGUUAUUUCAAAUAAGAAAAUUAUAUACUACAAUUAUUUGGCUUGACUUGUCAUGUUGGCUAUUGAAAUUUUGCAGAUAUUUUAUUACAAAAAAAUAUGAAAGUUAUUUUUUGGAAGUUUAACGAAAAAAUUGUACAGUUCCCAAUGAAAUCUCUCCGCCAAGUGUUUAGCUCCUUUCCUUUUGUACAAAAAUCUCAUAAUUUCUUAGCGUAAAUUAAAUAUACGGAUUAAAAAAAUAUUAUAUAUUGAUUUAAAAUUAUAUACUUUUAUAUAAAAAACGUUUAGGAUAUUAUGACAUAUUUAUUAUUUUGUUCGCCAGUUACCAUGAUGCGUAAUCAAGCGGACGUGGAUUUAUGAUAUAUUAUUUUAAGACAAAAUUAUAUUCAAUUUUGUUUUAAUGUGUUUAGUUCGUUAGAUAGUUAUAUUACUAUACACAAGUGUUUUCAUAGGAGUAUAAUCACACCGAUGAUCAAAUAUAUAUAAAUAUAAUUAGAGAUAAUAUAUACAAAAUUAUAUCACUCGCAUCUGCCCGUAAUGACAAUGACUUUUAAAAAAAUUGUUUUGAAUCAUUUAAAUUCUAGCGGUAGAAAUUGUAAUUUUAAAGAAAUUGUUAUUGUUGACAGCAUUCGUGUGAUUAUAUUCCUCCAUGUGUGCACUAGUCCAAAAUAACGAGUAAAGACUGUUUGUAUUUUAUUUGUUUACCUGAAAAGUAAAUAAAUCAACAACAAAUAAUAAUAAGUUGUACCCCUGUGCCCCUGUGCGGCUGCUAAUCGAAAAACAAUGAUGGGUUUCACAUGUUUAUAUAAACCAAUCAUGAAAUAAUGUCACGUGUCUCUUCCUCGCAGCAUUCUCAGCAACCUAAUGAUCAAUCACUUUCAAGCAGUUUUGGAGAAAUGUUGCACUUCUUAAAAAAACUCUCAAUUUGUUUGCAUUCAAUUGCAUAUUAUAGUGAGUAAUUAAAACUUAUUAAUCUAUCAUAUAAAUCACAUUAUUAAAACUAUCAAUAUAAUUUCUCCAUCAUCAAUCAUUAAAAAAUUAAUCAUAACUAAUAUCAUUAUUAAGUUUGUUAAAAUCACAACUGAUCAUGUGUUAAUCACCAUAACCAAGUAUUUGAUCAAAAUAAUAUUGUAAAAAAGCAAUAGAUAUGAAUGAUACUCUAUGAAAAUUCCAGCUCAUUGCUUGUUACACAUCAAACUUUCGAUCAAUAUCUGUAGGUAUAGUUUCCUCCCAAUAACAAGGCAACAAUCUGCAACACUGAUUAGGGUUUUAAAUGUUUGAUGCAACAAGAGGCCUCUACAAACAUGGAAAAUCCCUCAACAUCAUCAUCAUCAUCACUCGUGUUUGCACAUAAUGAUACAGAACAAUGCUUCUAAUGUUAUGUAUCAUUAAUAAUCCAAACCUUAUUAUUGCUAUGAAACUAUCGAGUUUUUUAUUUUAUAAGUGAAAAUAUUUUUUGUUUUUCAAAUGUCGCGUAUCAAAUUUUAAUGGGAACCCCGUUAAAAAUGUCCUCAAAAUUAUCAAUUUUUGGUUUGAUAUUAUCAACAAAGCAAAAUCAUGAGGACGAUCGCGAUAACGGAUUUAAACACCAUUCGAAUCAAAUCUACAGCCGGCAAGUGCAAUGGUGUCUAGAUCCGUUACGAUCGUCGCCACUCGGCAAGGUAUUGAAAUAUCAAAAUUGUUGUUGUGCAAAACAUUCAGAGUUCUCAAAAUUACCACCUGAGCGAUUACGAAAGACGAACCGCAUUAUAAUAUCGAUGAUUGAAUGUGUGGUGUGUCAGUCAACAAACGUGAACGCAUCACAGAAUCGUUCUGCACAAGAAUAGCACAAUAUAUGUACUCUUGCACCGGUGAUAAUAUUAUUAAUAUGAAUAAAAUAUAUGCAACUGAUUAAAUUGAAAAAUAGAACAGAUAUACAUAUUUUUUUAGUUUGUACGUUUUUCCCUCCGAUGUCGAGCUGGAAUCGCUUUCAUAAAGCGGACACCCGACAGAGGGGAUGGUCAUCUUACAAUAAACAUUACUUUGUCUAGUGGAGUAAUAGUUUGUAAAUGACUAUCGCUAACGGAUGCACAAGUAUAACCCCGCUACUUACAUAGCAAUAGUAUUAUUUUUUAUACAAUACAGUAGAAUACAGAUAACAGUAAAUCAUAGUGCUCAAUCUAUGAUCCGAUUAUCCGAACGUUUGGUCAGCUGCAUAAAUAUUAAUUAGAAGAGUUUAUUAUGCGUAUUCUUUGGAAGGCAAUGGAGGAACUUGCUAUCCACUCUUUAUUUGCAAGACAAUAGACACAGACAAUGAACCGUAACCAAGGAUUGGCCGACUUACGCGCGCGAGUUAGCCAAACAUUGGCGAGACGUACUCCAACUCCAACCAACAGAGAAGAGGAGAUCUCCCCAACCACCGCCCCACCCCUAGGGCCCCACCCUGUCCACCCCCAGGAUCCAUUCAAAGCAAAUCAAUAGUACAGACACACGUGGAGUGCGAUCGCAGCCACAUAUGCCAGUUCAUUGAGUUGAGACUAGAUAAAUGUUUCACUGCACGAUUAUUUUACUGAUGAAAUGAGAGGAUUCAACGUUCCUUAAUACAGCCUCAGUGAUGACAGAUUAAACUGAACAUGCUCAUAAGGGACUCCAAUUAUUAAAAUAACAAAUGAGAAGCCGCCAUUCAAAAUUCACUCUAGUCUUUAACUCCAGAAGUUACUCUUGCAAAAGAUUUCAUUGUUCGAUAAGUGAGCUAGAGAAUACGAUUUUUAUACUGAACCAAUACAGACACAAGUAGACUAAUUUUAAACUCGAAAACUUUUAUAAGCUUAUAAAGCAAUUACGCUGAAAGCGGUACGGUACUUCUAUCUCGCCCCAAUGAAGUUAUUUGCGAUCAAUGUAACUUUCAAAAUUUACUCGUCUUUUAAAUAAUAAUGCCAUUCUCUGUUCUUUGUUGCUCAGAUGAAAAUUAUUGUUUCGACUUCUAUCAAUACCAAAUAUCUCAGGGUUCUCUCAACCCCCCACUCAAUCGGCAUAUAACUAUAAUAACAUAUAAUUCAAACAAUAAUAAUUUUACUAAAAUCGCGCUUCGUUACUUUUCAACAUUGGGCUUAUUCGAAACAUUUAUAAGAGAUAUCAUCAACUCAAUCAUUUCAAAUAAAAAAACGUCAAGGAAGACAUUUUGUUGUAGAAACCGAGAUUUCCCCAACAGCAAAAUCGGUCCAAAAAUUUACCAAAUCAUAUUGUGUUUAACACACGGUUCAUAUUUCCAAGUACGAUAUCCAUUACUUAAUUUCUCUCAAAUACAAAAUCAUAUCAUUUUAUUAUUUAUUUCUCCUCAAUAACAAAUAAUUCUCAUCAAUUUUCAUUCAUCACUAUACAAAUUGAUUUUACAUCAUCAAAUAAUCACAAUUAUAUACUCACAAAAAAAAUUAUAUUACAAGAAUAAUUCACUCUACUCCUCAAAAACCCUAAAUCCUCAAAUAAUUUUCAAUGUAGAUUAAAUUUUCUUGUGAUUAUUCUUUCCUGCAGUAUAAUAUCUCAUCAUAAUACAGAAUAAUUUCUCAAAAAAAUCUAGUUCAUUCUAAAUUAGAUAAUAUUUUUCAACUAUUUUUUCUCAAAUUACGUCACAUUCUCACGGUAUAUCACUUAGACAUUUCAAAUGUUUUUUUUAAGUAAAUUCUUAGAUGAAGACUGCAAUGCUAUUCGUAAAUGAUGUGCACAAUUAUCAUCAUCCAAGACUGCUCUCAAUUCAUAAACUUCAAUCAUUCAUGUUUACUACCGUAUCACUAGGAUAGAAAAACUAAUCAAUAAACUUUUUAACAAUCAAUUUGGUAUUCAAUAUGAGCUUUAUGAAGGAAGUUCAUUCGAAAUCAACCCUAGUAGAAUAAUAUAUUGGAAUAGUAUUUAUUAGAGAAUUUUAUUAUUAGGAAUGAUGAUUUACUAAGAAGAUAGCAAUUGAAAGAGAACUGUUUCAUCAUUGAGAGCUAGAAUGCUGCGUUGGAAGACACCACUGAUAAAAUAUACUAUGAGAGACGUCAAUGAAAUGUGUCAGGCUUAUAAAUAAAUCUUGUACAAUUAUCAUUGUAAUUAAAUAAAUUGUAAUAUAUUACUACCACACAUUUUUUGUUACAUUAUAUUUGGGUCACUUGUACUGCACUUUAUUUAGAAUAAUUUUAUGUUUUAUAUUAGUUUCAUCACCUGAUCUCACCUAGAAAAGUCUAGUUUCAUUGUUUUAUCAUUUCCAUUAUUAUUAUAAUUUUGCAAUUUCUUAUUAUUAUAAUCGUAUUAUUUAUAUUUAUUUAAAUAUUCACAACUCCUUACUUUUAAUUUGUAAAAAGUUUUGUUUAUGGUGUGGUGAGUUAUUCCUAGUCAAAUACAACGUUCAUUUAUUACAUCUGAUGGUUCUAUGUGUGUUAUCAUUGUAAACUAAUUUCCAUAUGUUUGUAGUGUGUGUUUGAUGCGGUCUGUCAGACCGACUGUUCGGUCUGGCAGCCAGAGUCGAUCUCAAGUUACUCGCAGUGGAUUGGAUAACAAAGAAACUUGCAUUCCUCCUUGACUAGUUGUGAUAUAAGUACUAAAUUAAAAGUUUUACACUGCUACUACUAUUAUAUAGCCUACGACAUGCAAGAGAUUUUGAUACCAGCAUUUCAAGUACCGAUAGUAAUGUAAUACUAAUAACAUUGAUGACGAUUAUUACGACGAUGAAUGGAUAAUAAAACGUUACAAUUACAACCCACUUUUGUAAAAUUUUAACGUAGAAGCUUGAUACUAAUAUGAAAAAGAAAAAGCGAUGAUAUUUUCACACAUCAAAUUGGAUGCUCUUAAGAUUAGUGUGUCGAAUUGUGAACAUUUUGUACAGUAAACUUUAGGGGUUAUAUGAUUAAAAAUAUUGAAUUUAAUAUUUAAAUGAAAUGAAUAUGUGUUUAUAUUUAAAAAAAUAAGAUGAAAUAAUUUAAUGAUAUUAUAUAGACUACUUUUACGAAGUGUUUGUGCUUGGGUUCCAAUCGAAAGUGCUAGGCAAAUAGUAACAACAAAGCAGUGGACAAAAUAUUGGGACCUUCACAUCGCAAGUAGGCUAUGUAACGCCCAACAUCAGGAGCCAGGAGCCUUUUGCCAACUUUCAAACAUCUCGUUGGCAAUAAAAUGCUCCAAAAGUCUCUAAGAACCUCCUCCCCCCCUCAAUAACCCCUCUGCCCCGCACCUCCCUCACCAGGCUAAUUCACAGUUUAGCCAAUAAUAAUUAGAUAGUUGUCCGACCCAACAGAAACCGAGUACUUUGUACAGUCUAUAAGGAAAGCAGCGUAAACAGUUUACAGAUCUGUCAUUACGGUAUCUUAGUUUCUUUAAUAAAGCAUUCAAACUAGUGUAAAGCUCCACACAGAUCUAAUCAACUGACAACAAUAAUAAUAACAAGAAAGAUCAUCAACAUCUUUGACGGAGAUAGCGGCGUCAAAAUCGUAUAUUAUUAUUGUUGUUAUUAAAACAGUAACUCAGAAAUAAUACUACAAUCCGCCGGUGUUAUUUCAGCAUGGAGAAGGCCGAGGCAGAGCCAACAACAAUAUUGUAAAAUAUUUAUUACGAUACUAAUAAUGAUAAUAUUUUUAUCUUCACUUUUAAGAAAAGCUGGUACUAUGUUAGCUAUUGUAUCAAUCACCUACCAACAAUAAUCAUGGUUCUUCUUAGUAUCAGUUGACACAAUGAUGGUUUCUAUGUAAAUUUCUUUGAUAAUAUAUAUUAACAAUGUAGGAUAAUAUUAACGUGUAAUAGUUAUUAAUUUGGCUCUGUCUCGUGCCUGACAAAUCCUUACGUAUUCAAUAAUGAUUUCAAAUGGUAGCAAAACAGUAGCAGGUCACACACAUACAUGCAGAUGAUAGAUUCAACGAUGAUGUUCAAAGUCGUCGAAACAAUUUGAUGAGCUGGAUAUUGUGAGGAAGAGAUGGCCCAUGACCUAGUGUGCAUUCAUUCGUUGGUGAGACUACACUUGCAUUUCAGUUAGCAGUUUGAGUUGGAAUUUGUAACUACAAACUUGUCAAGUGACUUGUGAAUGGAAAGCUGCACGUUUCUAAAAGUCAGCAACAGUCGCUUUCUGGUGAAAAUUAUAAACCAUCAUGAGAUCAACAUUGAACAACACUGAGUGAACAGCAUUUUGUUGAUUGUGAAAAUAUUGGCAAAGUCAACAUCGGCUUGAAAUCUUCAAGAUGUGAAGAUCUGAAAUAGAGCACCAAUUCUCCAAUGUUGGAUAACGUGCUUCUCCUCACACAAGCUCAGUCAAACAAAUAGUUAUUGAACUUGUCUCAAUUCAUAGUUAACAACUCGAAUGUGUCACUGCACUGCCUUUCAUUUUAGCAGGCAGCUAGAGCUAUCCAACAUUUUUACUUACCGUACACUAUUGCAGGGACUAGGCUACCUCUUACCAUCUUCCAACUAGUCCCAUUUAGGACGACGGCAAGUCACUCUGUCUCCAUACUUUGAUACAGAAAUCAAUCUACACAUUGUGACCCCAAUAACAUUGAAACACUUCGAAUCAGGUUUCAAGUUUACAUUAACCACUUAUUUCAUGGAUAAACAACGUCAAAAGAUUAUUUCAAAUAGAACAAGAAAAUGUCUGUACGAUCUAUUAUAGUUUUAUUACAGAAACAGGGAUGUUGUAAAUAUUAUACUUGUGAGAAAACUAUAAUAUGCAUUACAGUUCAAGUACUGUUGAAUAGUGUAAUGGUGAUGAGUAAUAUUAUAAUGAUUAUUAUGGUUGCAACUGUAACGAGUUGCACAACAAUAUUAAGUAUUUCAAUAAUAAAUGGUGAUUUGGUUUUAUGUCUGUUUCUGUUAGAUGGUGAUUCUAUAAAUAGUAGAUAGAUGGAGUUCUGUAUCAAACUUAUUAGGGAUAGAGGAUGUUUGGGGAAUGUACGAGUAGAGAUGACGAGAAGUUGGUUAUGAAUUUGCUAUGAAUUGAGUCAGGCACACCACUCAGCACCCAGCCAAUAAAUAACAACAACAACAACAAAAUUCGCCAAUCGAGGCGACAUUCUUGUUUAUAUACGUAAUUUAACUUUUGAUUAUGACUGUAUUUUAUAUAAUAAUAAUAAUUGAAGUUGACGGAUUUAGUUGGCCGAUCUAGUGGUCUCGUCUCCACCAGCUCCUCUGUUCCAUUGUUAUCCAUUGUAAUUGUUGCCCCAGUAGUCUUACCGAUUUCUUAUUAAUUAUGGCUGUUGUAUAGCGAAUUGGAGGCGUGCGCGGUGAGUGCGCGCGAUGUGUGCGCGCCCACUGCGCGCUUCCUGCGAACACGACGGCAUUGGCAUUGCUGAAGGAAGUAAUGUUUGUUUCAGUGGGUGGUUUGUAUCUCAUAAAUCUAUCUAUUUAUCCAUACGAGACGCCAGUCUCGCAGCAACUAACUUUUAACUUUAGUUUCAACUUUUACAGUACGAUACAGAACUCAACUAACAUAACGAUGAUAAUAUAAUUGGCAAUUGGUUUUCAGCUACUCUAUUCAUUUCGAUUAGAACAUUCUCGGAUAUUAAUAAGGUAUACAAUUUCAAACGUUCAGGUGUAAUUAAGGUUCAGUUCAACUUGCACACAAACCAUUGUUUCGGAGCCGCUGUUAUCUACUUCCGAUCAUCAAAGGGUGCUGCUUUUAUUCAUUUCUCUCCCGAUUAAUCCGACGUUUAUUUACUCACAAACUACUCCCGCCCUUGUUAUGCUUAAUUUUUUCCUAGCAAUUUUUAUCAUUUACAGAACAAAGAUCAAUCAAUGUCUUGGCAAAGUUUAGGAAUCCCCUUGUUCAAAAAAAUUAUAAAAAAGGUCCCUGUUCACACAAGAGUACAAGCUUAUUAAAAAAAAGCACCUUCGCGCCUUAUCUUAUUAAAAUAUCGUUAAGCCAAAAAGUGAAAAAAAUUGUGUGUAAUUUUUAACCAAAAUCUGCCUUAAAUUCUAUAUUUUCUUAUAUAUGACAAAAAAGAAAUUUUUAACUACUUAGUGUUAAUGAGUUGCUGUAGAAGAAAAAAAUUCACGUGUUUUGGAAAGCAUAUUAUAUUGUGUUCAUAUUUUUUUAAAUUUCUGUUAUGGAAGUAUAUACAUGUAUUCCAUUAUGAUUUGCAUUCGCUAACCACAACCGUAAUACAAUAUUAUUAUAAUACGAUAUAUAUCUGGUUAUAGCCAUGAGCUCAGUAUUAGUAAUGUUAAAAUAUACAGGAUGUUUUUGUUUCGCGUACUUCUAGUCCGUAUUUUAAGAUAGUCAGUUCAUUUUUGAGUGUUGAAGAUGUAGUAUAUGUUCCCUGUUGGUCCAAACAAUUUUAGCGUUGUGAAACUUAUCCAGGCCUAAGUUAAUUUGUUAAGGCAGUCUCAAACACUCCCAGACCCCAGCCAUGCCAACCUCACACAACAUUUAGAAAUUCUCACAACUUCAUAACGGUUUGAUCCAAAUGAAAUCUCGAUUAGAGAGCGUAAUACAGUUUUAAAUCCUUUACAAGCUUGUGUCUUAAAAAAAUAACUCCUGAUCUGAUAAUGUUUAUCAAAUAAUACUCUUAUAGAAUAAUAAAUUCAAAUCACACCAAGAUUUCAGAGUUAUUGCAAUAACACAAAGCUUUUGAUAAUCUUCCAACAAAAUUUCCGUAUACGAUUUUUCAAUCGACCUCUUUUCCUACUAAGAGGAAAACCUACUUGCUAAUAACAAACUUUUCCCAUUCAAAACUACAAGUUUCUGGUGGAAAGAUGUUCUUAUUCCAUCAACUUAUUUCAUACUUAUAUAUUCAUGAUUCAAAAUUGUUUCAAAAAUAAAAACGUCCAAUUGUAUAACACAUAUUCAUGGUGAAAAAUCAAUGGAGUUGUUAUGGAAUUUUAUAAAAAUCAUUUUCCAAGAACAAAUGUGAAGUGUGAAGCUCUGCAAUAUAAUAUCAAGCAUUGAGAGUGAUACUAAUAAACGUUCAUAUAGUAUUCAAUCUUGAGAGUUGAUCCUAUCAAUGCUUGCUCAUGUGUUUCAGGUGUCUACAUAUUUGAUAAUACUUGGAUUAUACAGUGUCAAAUUUAAUAAAACUCGAAGGUUUUGCAAAUCAUUGUAACCAAUGUAAAAGGUCAAAAUAAGGUUGACUAUGGUUGGCAUCGGCUAUAUUUAUUACUAUUGGUUUUAUUGAUUGAUAAUGGUUCGUUCAUUUGUUGAUAUUGUAAGCUUUUUAUUGGUGUCUGUGUAUUAUGGUCUAGGGAGUGUUCUGUUGUACAAUACUUCCAGUUCUUGUUAUUUUAUCUUGUUAAACAUGUAGCCAAAUGAUUGCAGACCCUGUCGAAUUUCGAUUGUAUGUUCUCAAAUGACUGAAAUAACCAGAAAAUUUUUGUUUAAAUUUCUUGAUGAAAAAAUGGACAUUUUAUGCACAACAUACAGGAUUGCAAUAGUAUGAAGGCAACUCAAAAUCUUAAUAAUUACUGCAGUUAUAAAAAAUUGUGAUACGAAAUCCAGUUUGAUUUUCGAUACUCCAUUCAUUCCAAAAAUACACACAAAGGGCCAUCUCGUCCGAUCUAAAGUGCCUUCAAUCACAAAAAUUGAUUUUUUUAGAAAAUGAUAAAAUCGGCCCUACAUAGACCGUUGGCGCAUAACCAAAGCAUGCAAGCCGAAUUCGACAGGUCUGCAAUUGAUCGCAAAACAUUCGCUUCACGACGCUCUCCCACUUAAAAUAAGAUUGUUAUUAUGCUGACAGUUAUUCUGUUUACCUUAACUGGUAAUAUAUUAAUAUUAUUAUUACGACAAUUUCAUUAAACAGAUUAUUGUUUCAUUUUGUUUUGAAAUAAUAUUAAGAACAAUGUACUUCAUGUAUUUACAACAUAACAGUUUGCUGAUGUCUUGCAUGCUUCAUUGGUAUAUUAGUCACAUCUCUGUAUUGUAGGAAUACAGUAUCAAAUAAGAUUCUAAACAAUCA